CGGAUGUUGCAAUUUCGUUGUUAUGGCGAUGUAAGAUGGCGGAGCACAAGUAUGAUCUCCUCCUCGUAUCUACCAAAACCGAAAGACCACCGCGGCGUCAGCCUUGGUACAAAGAGCGUCUGCGUACGAAAGUCAUCAAGACGAAGGAGGCAAUCCCGGUAGACUCUUCAGAAUGGAGGUUCAUCGGAGACGGAGGCGAAGACUUUCGGACAGGAGUUCCACUACGAGAUGGAACGAAGAUAAUCCAACGGUCUCAAAGUGAGGGUAUACAAUUGCCGUUAAUUCAAUCGAGCACGUUGGUGAAUUCUGGUGGUAGUGCAAGAAAAAUUAAAGCGAGGAGUAGAACAGAGCGGCCACGUUUUAGCAAAGAAGUUGCAGUUUUUUCUAAAACUCUUCCUGGCCAGCAAAGACGUCAAGAUUACGUCAAUGACAUUGAAGACAGUCUUGUUUCUCACCCUCUUGGUUUCUAUCCUCACUUACAAGAAGCAGUAUCAUCAGAUCUAUUUGAUGAGGUGAUGGACAUUUUAGAUCCAGAAGUGAUAGCAUCGGAAGCGAGUAGUGAAAUCGAUGAAAAAGAAGACAGUGUGGCUGAUGAACUGCUUAUUGAGUCACCAAUACUACUGGUGCCCUCACUGCAUCAACUAACAUCAUCUGACAAAAACCAUGUCAAACGGCCAAGCUACAGAUGGAGACCCCAAUCAACAGUUAAUCUUGACAGAACUGAUGGCAAUCAUACGAAUUCAAGGGGAUUGAAGGACACAAGCAGUGCUCGAUUGCCGUCUCCAGAAACACGAGUUCAUGCUGUUACAGCUGAAUUUUGUGAAUGGGUCAAGAACUUGGGAGACAAUGCUGAGAGUAUCGAUGAAGCAACAGUACACAGCCUUUUUGCAAGUGGUUAUGAGACAAAGCCAUCUCUAUCUGUACCAAUUCAUGUCGUUGAACUGCUUAAUGUACCUGCUGAGUUACGACUAAACAAAGUAGGAACUAGUUCAUCACAACAGCUUAGUGAACAGCAGAGUUACAGACCAUUAUCAAAAACGGAGAAGCUUGAACAAGGAGACAAACCACCACAUGCUCCUAGUUGGGUUGAGAGAGGUAGAAAGUAUGGCGCUUGGUAUCUUCCAACAUCAUUAUGGCAGCAACGAAGCAAUGGGGUGCCACUUCGAGAUCCGAAAGAAGCAGAUAAGAAAGCAAUGUCUGUCAUGAAGAAGAGAAUGGAGGCACUGGACACCGCUGUUGGACCUCUUCAUGGAGCUCAAGCGUUUAGAGAGUUUAUCCACAACAAGAAUAGACGAAUGCCAAGGAUGUUAUCAUCAAUUACUACAGAAGACAAAACAUCAGUAUAAAUUAUAUAGAGUUUAUACAUGCUUAACUAAUUAAUUUAUUAUUUGCUGACAAUCCUAAUGCAAAGAAUAUGUCAAUAUCUCAG